UUCCGCUGCUUUGUUACAGUUUCACACCUUCAAAGACUGCUUUUGAAGCUGAAUAAGAACAAAAUUCCUUUGACAAACAGAGCCAAAAGAGAAUCAAAUCACCAACUUCGACGAUUUCGUUUUAUGCAUUGUUCCAUGCUUGCAAGCCUUAUCGGCGACGGCUUUGAUUAGCUAACGAGUUUCUGCAAAAGAUUGAGUGAAAAUGCUGAAAUAGUGUUCUGGAGAUUAGGAUUUUUAUUGCCGGAGCGGAGUUGAUUGACGGCGGAGAUGGUGGUUAGAAAAGUCGGCAUUUACGAGGUCGGAAGGACGAUUGGGGAAGGUACUUUUGCAGAGGUGAAGUUCGCUCAGAACACUGAGACUGGUGAGAGUGUUGCUAUGAAAGUCCUCGACCGAAGCACCAUAAUCAAGCACAAGAUGGUCGAUCAGAUAAAGAAGGAGAUUUCUAUCAUGAAGCUUGUGAGGCACCCUUACGUUGUUCGUCUUCACUAGGCAUGGAUUAAUUUUCUGAAGUACUUAUUCUCAAUUAUUUUUAGCCUCUUGUCAAGAGCUUGGGUUUGAACUUCCUUUUUCUUGUUUAACACUGGAUACAGUAUCCAUUUUGGCUUGUAGGUUCUUGCAAGCCGUACUAAGAUUUAUAUAAUCUUGGAGUACAUUACUGGUGGUGAAUUGUUUGACAAAAUAGUGAGUAAUUCAAAUAAAUAGCAUUAUUGCUUAAGGAAGAUGAGUUGCUUGAAGUUUUGAAACUAUUGCUUAUUUUAUAUCCUAAUAGUUCAUGAUGUAAUCCAUACCCUGCAGGUUCAUCAUGGCCGGCUUAGUGAAGCUGAAUCCAGGAAGUACUUCCAGCAGCUAAUUGAUGGUGUAGAUUAUUGCCACAGCAAGGGAGUAUACCACAGAGAUUUAAAGGUUUAUUGGCUGAGCCCGUGGAGAAAAUAUUCUUGCUGAGAUCUGGAAAAGAAAAAAAACAAGAAUCUGAUCAUUUUCUUUUUUUCUUUGAGUAACCUGAGAAUCUGCUACUCGACUCCCUAGGUAAUUUAAAGAUCUCAGACUUUGGUCUGAGUGCAUUGCCUGAACAAGUAAGACAUAUUUUAAUGGUUCUUAUUUACUUAGAUAUAGACGUCUUGUGUAGUUUGUAGAAACAACAAAUAGUUGAUUGUAUUUCCUGACAGGGAGUUAACCUACUCCGCACAACGUGUGGGACUCCAAACUAUGUAGCACCAGAGGUAUUUAUGGUUGUAUCUUAAAAGCUUGUUAAACCAAAAUUUUUAUAAGUUGAUGAUGACAUUUAUAAGCUUGCCUUUUGGUUCGAUCUUAAUCAUGCAGUGGGAGAAGUUAAGCUGUAAGACAAUGUAUUGUCAUGUCUAUUUUGGUUGGAUUUAAUUUGGAUAUGAGAGGCUUUCAUAGACUCUUUUAGGUUAACUUACAAUGAAAUAUCAUUUCAACAUGCACUUGAAUGAUCGACUAAUAUUGCCAUUUCCCUUCAACAGAUUGAGAGAGCUGACUUUUCAUGUCCAUCUUGGUUCCCUGUGCUUGAUCCAUAGAAUAUUUGACCCCAAUCCUUCAACUCGUAUUACCAUCGAACAGGUCAGAGAGGAUGAAUGGUUCAAGAAAAAUUAUGUUUCUGUCAAACUUUUCGAAGACGAAGAUGUUUACACCUGGAUGAUGUGAAGGCUGUCUUUGAUGAUCCUGAGGCCCAGAAACUGGAUAAGCAAACACGCCGCCUCCCCACUCUCCCACCUCCAUCUUUCCCUCUUCAAUUUUUACACUCUGUAAGUUUCCCCUUCUCUGGUUCUCUCUUUUUGCAAAACCCUCAAUCUCUGCCCUUUCAUACACUGAAAAAACAAGGCCCCAUUGGCCUCCGCUUCUUCAAUUUCUUCACAGUCGAUUAAAGUGGAUCUCGAAGGAUCAAAACCCUUUUGUUUCCUUCAAGUUGGAGGAGUAUGGAUAUAACGUUGCAUGCAAAGCAUUACACGGAUGGAUUCUGUUUGUUUCAGCGUCGCAGCACCAAAAAUAGCAGCCGUAAUGUUAGGGCCGAAAGAAGGGCUACUCCGGAGACCAAUUCUGUAAGUUUUUCUGUGGGAGGAAAAGGGAAACCUCGAUUUCUUGUUAUUCCUUCUGAUUGUUCUGAAGAAUCCUUUGUUCGUGCGGUUCUGAAGAAUCCUUUGCAACAGGGGGAGAAAAAUCUUCACACCCAUUUGAAUGGCUCUAGUUCUUCAUCAUUUUCUUCGAAUCAUUCGCAGAGUUUUGAGGAAUUUGAGAACAAUAAUCAUCUUCGUCGACUGGUAAGAAAUGGGGAAUUGGAAGAAGGGUUUAAAUUCAUAGAGGGUAUGGUUUAUCGUGGUGAUAUUCCUGAUGCAAUUGUGUGUACUAGUUUGAUUCGUGGUUUGUGUAAAACUGGAAAAACUAGAAAGGCUGCUCGAGUUAUGGAAAUUUUGGAGGAUUCUGGGGCUGUUCCUGAUGUGAUAACUUACAAUGUUCUUAUUAGUGGUUACUGUAAAUCUGGUGAAAUUGACAAUGCUUUGAAACUUUUGGAUCGAAUGAGUAUUUCUCCUGAUGUUAUUACUUAUAAUAUAAUCUUGCGUACGCUCUGUGACAGUGGGAAGUUGAAGGAAGCCAUGGAAGUUCUUCAUAGACAGUUGCAGAGGGAGUGUUAUCCUGAUGUAAUAACUUAUACUAUAUUGAUUGAAGCAACUUGUAAGGAGAGUGGAGUUGGGCAGGCGAUGAAAUUGUUGGAUGAAAUGAGGGAGAAAGGAUGUAAGCCUGAUGUUGUCACUUACAAUGUUCUUAUAAAUGGGAUUUGCAAGGAAGGAAGGUUGGAUGAAGCUAUUGAGUUUUUGAAUGAAAUGUCUUCUUAUGGCUGCCAACCUAAUGUAAUCACUCAUAACAUCAUCUUGCGUAGUAUGUGUAGUACGGGGAGGUGGACGGAUGCCGAGAAGCUGUUGGCUGAAAUGGUUCGUAAGGGAUGUUCUCCUAGUGUUGUUACUUUCAAUAUCUUGAUUAAUUUCUUGUGUCGAAAGGGGUUGUUGGGUCGAGCUAUUGAUAUUUUGGAGAAGAUGCCACAGCAUGGCUGUACUCCGAAUUCCUCGAGCUACAACCCGUUGCUUCAUGGGUUUUGUAAAGAGAAGAAGAUGGAGCGGGCGAUCGAGUAUUUGGAUAUCAUGGCUUCUAGAGGUUGUUACCCUGAUAUUGUGACGUAUAAUACUCUAUUGACUGCAUUGUGUAAAGAUGGGAAGGUAGAUGUUGCUGUUGAGAUACUGAAUCAACUUGGUACUAAAAGUUGCUCUCCUGUAUUGAUUACAUACAACACAGUGAUUGAUGGGCUAUCAAAGGCAGGCAAAACAGAAGAUGCUGUUAAACUUCUAGACGAGAUGAAGGAAAAAGGACUCAAACCCGAUAUAAUUACAUACUCGUCGCUCAUUGGAGGACUGUGCAGGGAAGGAAAAGUUGAUGAAGCAAUUGCAUUUUUCCAUGAUCUAGAAGAAGUUGGUGUGAGGCCAAAUGUUAUCACAUACAACUCUAUCAUGUUAGGACUCUGUAAGGUUCAACAAACUGUUCGUGCCAUCGAUUUCUUGGCAUCGAUGGUUGCCAGAGGCUGUAAACCGAACGAGGCUUCGUACAUGAUUCUUAUUGAGGGGUUGGCCUAUGAAGGUUUAGCCAAGGAGGCAUUGGAGUUGCUUGAUGAAUUGUGCUCUAGAGGAGUUAUGAAGAAGAGUUCUGCUGAGAGGGUAGUGAUCAAAAACUCUUUUUGAUGUGUUGUUGUUUUACUGAUUUCAUCAUUAAAUCUACAAGGAUGUGGGAUUUUUUAUGAUCUUGGAGCCAAAUUAUGUGAUCUGGGUAGAAUCCAAAACCAAUUUUGUAAGAUAAAAUCCUCAGCUCGAGUCAGAUUUGAUAAAGCUAUCCUCCUUCGUUACUUUACAUUAUUAUACAUUGGAUUACUUUCCAAUGGUGAUAGGAUAGUUCCUCCAUUGAUGAACUCCAUGGAAACUAGCUGAAAUUUCCACAGUUCCAUUAGAAUUUUGUUUUAAAUAUGCUUGAAGAAACAA